UCCGUUGUUUUGCAGGUACAGGCGUCCGGUUCCAGUCUCGGAAUUGUAACUCUCCCGCAGGACAUCAGAAAACACCGAAACACUAAUGUUAAUGAACGUGGGGAGUGGGUUGUUCAGAGGGCAGAACUUAAGCAUUGUCGACACAGACCCACUCCGGGGAAGGCUAAGAAUAUAAGUAGGUUGUGGAAGAAGUUUCUGGUGGAAAAUCCACAUGUUGUGAGGCAGCUUUUCAACGAGCGGCGAAGUGGGGUUCCCGUGGCAAAAAUCUAUAAAAAAAUGGCCAGGGAGCGUAACGGGGUGGAGAACAUGCCCUUUGCCUAGAAAGACCUUCAUGAGGAAGUGGCUAAGCUCAGGAAAAGAAUUUUUUAUGAAGGUGACGCUAAAGCAAUGUUUAGCUAUUUCCAAACUAUGGUUGAUGAUAACUCUGAUUUUUUCUACACUUAUCGAGUUGAUGAAGAGGGUAGGUUGAAGGAUGUUCUUUGGGUAGAUGCUAGGUGUCGCAUGGCAUAUGAGGAGUUUGGCGAUGUAGUUUGUUUGGACUCCACAUACUUGACUAAUGAGUACAAGUUACCGUUUUGCAACUUUGUGGGAGUUAACCACCAUGGUCAAACAAUUAUUUUUGGGUGCGCGCUUGUUAGGAGAGAGACUGUUGAGACCUUUGAGUGGGUUUAUAGCAAUUGGUUGGGGUGUAUGAACAACAAAACCUCGGUUGCAAUACUAACAGAUCAGGACCCUGCGAUGAGGAAAGCUUUGAAGACUACAAUGAAAGGGACUACACACAGGUGGUGUAUUUGGCAUAUAUUGCAAAAAUUCUCUACCAAGCUAGGAAAGCAUCCAAAUUAUCCCGAGUUGAAGGUAGACUUAGAGAGUGUUGUGUAUGAUAGUUUGGACAUUGAAGAGUUUGAACGACGGUGGGCAGAGGUGAUCAAGAAACACGAAUGUGAAACGGACGAGUGGUUGGAAGGCUUGUAUGGUGAACGUGAUAUGUGGAUUCCUGCGUUCGUGAAGCAUCUUUUUUGGGCCGGCAUGAAAACAACCCAGAGAAUUGAGAGUAUACAUAGUUUUUUCGAUGGUUAUUUGAGCCGGCAUACAUUGCUUUGUGAAUUUGUGGAGAGAUAUUGUGAAGCUCUUGAGGUUAGAGCUGCGCAGUACUACAAAAAUAAGCGAAGAGACCCGUUGAAAUAUCCUUUACAAACCGCCUAUCAACGGGUCUUUAUCUAAGGGGUCUGUUAGAUAAACAGACCGCCUCUAUGGAUGUGGUCUAUUUUUAAAAGAUAACAGACCCGUUAUGCAAAAUACCAGGUUUGUUAGAUUACUUUUUUUAGAGUAAAAUAUUAAAGAUAAGAGAACUGUUGUAAAAGAAAUAGGGUAUGUUUGCUAUAUUAAAGAGACCCGUUAAAAGAGAAAUAAGGUCCUUUUGAAAAUUAACUUCAGACCCUAUAUCGAAGAUAUGGGGUCUCUUUGAUAUAUUUUUUUUUAUUUAAUUCAUCAAUCUGUAAGAUCCCUUCUUCACCUAACAGGUCUGUUAGCAUACACUUUUUUUUUAAUCAAUAAAAUUUUUAAAUGGUUUUUUUUUCCAGCAAUUUCUUCAAUAAUUACCUAUUAAUUUUCUUUUAAAACUAACCUGCAUAAUAUGUAAUUCAAUAAAAUUUGUUGACAAAUAAAUUUUUAGAACUACUUCAUAUAUAAUUCAAUCAAUCCACUUACAAAAAACUCACCCAUAUAAUGUUGUGCCACCCACAAUUACACCAUUACAAAAAAAGACUAACUCUUAAUUUUCUCCCAUUCUACCAUUACAAAAAAAAAAAAAAAAAACCAUGGCACUAUACAUCAACCAUUGUUUCCAAAAACAUCAGCAUUCUACCAUGUACACCAUUACUAAAAAAAAAAAAAAAAAAAAAAAAAAAAAA